AUGGACAGCGGCGGCGGGGCUCCCCCGGCUGGGGAGCUCGGGGUGGCGGCCGAGUCCGCACAGUGCCCGCUGCCGCCGGGGGACGAGGGCGCGGCGGGGCCGGCGUGGCCGCUGGAGCCCGAGGGGGCGGCCGAGGGCGGGGGCGGGCCGCGGCGGGCUCUGCUGGCCGUGUACGUGCGCAGCGAGAGCCCCCAGGGGGGCGCGGCCGGCGGCCCCGAGGCGGGGGCGCGGCGGUGCUUGCUGCGGGCCUGCGAGGCCAAGGGCGCCCACCUCACCUUCGUGCCCUUCGGGGAGCUCGACUUUGGGGAGACAGCCGUGCUCGACGCCUUCUACGACGCAGAUGUUGCCGUGGUGGACAUGAGCGAUGUCUCCAGACAGCCUUCCCUCUUCUACCAUCUUGGAGUCCGUGAAAGCUUUGACAUGGCCAAUAAUGUGAUCCUGUACCACGACACCGAUGCUGACACUGCUCUUUCAUUGAAGGAUAUAGUAACUCAAAAAAACACAGCAUCUAGUGGAAAUUAUUAUUUCAUCCCGUACAUCAUGACACCAUGCGCUGAUUAUUUUUGCUGCGAGAGUGACGCCCAGAGACGUGCCUCGGAGUACAUGCAGCCCAACUGGGACACCAUCCUGGGUCCGCUGUGUGUGCCCCUGGUGGACCGGUUUACUAGCCUCCUCAAGGACAUCCAUGUGACCUCAUGUGCUUAUUACAAAGAAACCUUGUUAAAUGACAUCCGGAGAGCCAGAGAGAAAUACCGGGGUGACGCACUGGCGAAGGAGCUGGCUCGCAUCAGGCUCCGCACGGACAAUACCGAGGUUCUGACCUCAGACAUCGUCAUUAAUUUACUGCUGUCCUAUCGUGAUAUCCAGGACUAUAAUGCAAUGGUGAAGCUGGUAGAAACACUGGAAAUGCUGCCGACGUGUGAUUUGGCUGACCAGCAUAACAUUAAGUUCCACUACGCAUUUGCACUGAAUAGAAGAAACAGCACAGGCGAUCGUGAGAAGGCUCUGCAGGUCAUGCUCCAGGUUCUGCAGAGCUGUGACCACCCGGCCCCCGACAUGUUCUGCCUCUGCGGGAGGAUAUACAAGGACAUCUUCUUGGAUUCGGACUGCAAAGAUGAUGCCAGCCGAGACAACGCCAUUGAGUGGUAUUGCAAAGGGUUUGAGCUCCAGCCAUCUCUUUAUUCAGGAAUCAACCUUGCAGUUUUGCUGAUAGUUGCUGGACAGCAAUUUGAAACUUCCAUGGAGCUAAGGAAAAUAGGUGUCCGGCUGAACAGUUUGUUGGGAAGAAAAGGGAGCUUGGAGAAAAUGAACAAUUACUGGGAUGUGGGUCAUUUCUUCAACGUCAGCAUGUUGGCCAGUGAUGUUGGGAAAGCUGUCCAGGCAGCAGAGAGGUUGUUCAAACUGAAACCUCCAGUCUGGUACCUGCGAUCGUUAGUUCAGAACUUGUUAUUAAUUCAGCGCUUCAAGAAACCCAUUACUGAACAUUCACCCAGGCAAGAACGGCUGAACUUCUGGUUAGAUAUAAUUUUUGAGGCAACAAAUGAAGUUACUAAUGGACUCAGAUUUCCAGUUCUGGUGAUGGAACCAACCAAAGUCUUCCAGCCUUCGUAUGUCUCUAUAAACAGUGAAGCCGAGGAGAGGACAGUUUCUCUGUGGCACGUCUCACCCAUGGAAAUGAAACAAAUUCAUGAAUGGAAUUUUACAGCCUCUUCCAUUAGAGGAAUAAGUAAGGCCAAGUUAGAGGAAAGGAAUAGGAGUGAUCAUAAUUAGCGACAUCUUUGUGACAUUUGGUGUUCUAGGUUUUGCUCUUUGGUCAAAGAGAUGACAACCAAUGGAGUGGGCAGUAUAGUGGAGCUGGAGGGAGAGACCGAUGGGGAUACCUUAGAGUAUGAGUAUGACCACGAUGCGAAUGGUGAGAGAGUGGUGCUGGGGAAGGGCACAUAUGGGAUCGUGUAUGCCGGCAGAGAUCUGAGCAGUCAAGUGCGAAUAGCCAUCAAAGAAAUUCCAGAGAGAGACAGCAGUUACUCUCAGCCUCUGCAUGAGGAGAUCGCCCUGCACAAGAACCUCAAGCACCGCAAUAUUGUUCGGUAGCUGGGCUCUGUUUCCGAGGGCGGCUACAUUAAGAUAUUUAUGGAGCAGGUGCCUGGGAGAAGCCUUUCGGCUCUUCUGCGAUCAAAAUGGGGGCUGAUGAAGGAGCCCACCAUCAAGUUCUACACCAAGCAAAUCCUGGAAGGCCUCAAGUAUCUCCGCGAAAGCCAGAUUGUGCACAGAGACAUAAGGUACUUGCUUGGUGAUAACGUUCUGGUGAAGACCUAUAGCGGAGUGGUGAAAAUCUCCGAUUUCGGCACCUCUAAACGUCUUGCAGGAGUGAAUCCAUGUACAGAAACUUUUGCCGGCACUCUGCAGUACAUGGCGCAGAUUAUUGAUCGAGGACCUCGUGGGUAUGGUACCCCGGCUGAUAUCUGGGCCCUGGGCUGCACCGUCAUUGAGAUGGCCACCAGCAGGCCUCCGUUCCAUGAGCUCGGUGAACCGCAGGCAGCCAUGUUCAAAGUGGGCGUGUUUAAGAUUCACCCUGAGAUUCCAGAAACCCUUUCAGCGGAAGCUAGAGCCUUCGUUUUAUCCUGUUUUGAGCCUGACCCCCACAAACGUGUCACCGCUGCUGGACUGCUCCAAGAGGGUUUCUUAAGGCAGGUGAACAAGGGCCAGAAGAACCGAAUUGCUUUUAAGCCGGCAGAUGAGGGUCCCAGGGGCGCCACGCUGCCCCUGCCCCUGGCGGGAGAGCUGAUGGGCGGCAGCAGCAGCAGUGAGCAUGGCUCGGUCUCCCCACACUCCGAUGCCCAGCCCGACGUGUUCUUCCAGAAGUCCCAGACGCCCACGCAUCGGCUCAGCCACCUGCUCAGUGUUCCUGAUGAGAGCUCGGCCUCAGAGGACCGGAGCGCAGCCUCGUCCCUGGAGGACAGCGACCUGGGCCUCUUCCUGCUGCGCAAGGACAGCGAGCGCCGUGCCAUCCUCUACAGAAUCCUCUGGGAGGAGCAGAACCAGGUGGCUUCCAACCUGCAGGAGUGCGUGGCCCAGAGUUCGGAAGAGUUGCAUCUCUCAGUCGGCCACAUCAGCAAGCAAAUAAUUGCGAUCCUGAGAGACUUCAUCCGCUGCCCGGACCACAGGGUGAUGGCAUCCACGAUAUCAAAGCUAAAGGUGGACCUGGACUUUGACAGCUCGUCCAUCAAUCAGAUUCAUCUGGUACUCUCUGGAUUUCAGGAUGCUGUAAAUAAAAUUUUGAGGAACCACUUAAUUAGGCCCCACUGGAUGUUUGCGAUGGACAACAUCAUCCGUCGAGCGGUGCAGGCUGCAGUCACCAUCCUCAUCCCAGAGCUCCGAGCCCACUUUGAGGCUGGCUCAGGGACCAAAGGGGUGGAUAAGGACACGGAUGAGGCAGAAGAGGACUAUGCCCCGGCAGACCCACGCGCGAGCGAGGCGCAGGUGGCGUGUGGGUGGAGCAGGCCCGUUUCAGCAGUUGCCCAGGAGGCCCAGCCCCAGCAGCAUCUGAGCCUCCAGCUGAGCAAGCUCAGGCAGGAGACCAACAGACUUUUGGAACACCUAGUUCAAAAAGAGAGAGAGUACCAGAAUCUUCUACGGCAAACCCUAGAACAGAAAACUCAAGAAUUGUAUCACCUGUAGUUACAAUUCAAAUCUAAUGAGAUUACAGAGACCUCAGCCUCCCCUCCUCGGUCUUAUGGGCAGAGAACAGAAGAAGAGCUUGUCGACUGGUUGCAACUGCAAGGAGCGGAUACGAAAACAAUUGAAAAGAUUCUUGAAGAAGGUUAUACACUUUCUGAUAUUCUUAAUUAUAUCACUAAGGAAGACCUGAGGUACCUUAGACUACGUGGUGGUCUCCUCUGCAGGCUCUGGACUGCAGUCUCCCAGUACAGAAGACAGGCUCAGGGGGCCCCGGCAACCCAAGAUGAGGCUUAAUCAAUCAGCUAAGCCAGGGGACACAGGGAGCAAAGAGCUGACAACAUACACACGAAUUCUGCUGCACUUACGCAAGGAAAACACCGCUUGUUCAAUGAACAAUUUAAGAACUUGAAGUUUUAAAGAAUUAUGGAAAAAAUUUUAACCUUUUAUUUAUCAACAUGUUUUCAAGACUUCAUCAUCCACAACAGCUGCUGCUCUACCCAGCAGAGAAAGCUUCCAUAGGAUGAAACGCCUCACCCACAACUAAGCUUCUGAAGCAAAGGAGUGUGUGCGCUUGGGGGGGGAGCGGGGCACAGCGCAGCAAACCCAUCACCUCUUUUGCCGCUAAGGAAGUGACAAACCAAGUACUAUUACUUGCUUCUGUAGGGCCAAGGCAGCAGCGGAGAAUACAACGGGAAAAGAUGGACAUGUAAGAAUGUACUACGGCUGCCUAGUUGUGUGCUUCAUUAUAAAUUCUAUGAGACCCUCUGGAUGACCAGAGUGAACCGGUGUCUGAGAAUCGGCAUCCAGAGCAGGGCCUGGCAGGGUGUCAGCCACGGACCGGUGAUUACUCAGACCAGGACAGAAGAGCAAGA